AUGGGAGACACUGAAACUAAUACCACCAUUAGGCCAUUGAAAUAUGUUGAUAUCGGCAUCAACUUAGGAGAUCCCGUUUUCAGAGGGAACUAUCAUGGUAAACAAGCCCACGAAGACGAUCUGGCAGAUAUCAUAGAGCGAGCCCAAAGUAUAGGCUGUGCCAAAUUCAUGGUAACUGGAUCUGAUUUGAAAGAAUCAGAGCAUGCAGUUCAAAUCUCGAAGGAUUAUCCCGGAUUUUGUUACGCCACUGUUGGCGUCCAUCCAUGUCAAGCCAAACACUUCGAUGAGCAUCCUGAAGGCCCAUCAAAACUCCUUGCCGAGCUCCGAGACCUAGCGCUCAGCUCCAAACAAUCCGGACAAACAGUAGCCUUUGGCGAGAUUGGGCUCGACUACGAUCGCCUAUUCCUCAGCCCCAAGGAGUCCCAACUAAAAUGGUUUGAGGCACAACUCGACCUUGCCGUUGAAAUCCAGCUACCCCUAUUCCUGCAUUCGCGAGCAGCGAGUGACGACUUCGAACGACUCUUAAAACCAAGACUUGCCCAAUUACCGAAGGGGGGACUGGUGCAUAGUUUUACAGGCACAAAAGAGGAGAUGCAGCGAAUGAUUGAGCUGGGCCUGGAUAUUGGUGUGAAUGGGUGCAGUCUGAAGACGGAGGAGAAUCUUGAGGUUGUCAAGCAUAUCCCUCUGGACCGUAUACAGAUUGAGACGGACGGUCCGUGGUGUGAGAUUAGACCGUCGCAUGCUUCGGCUAAAUAUUUGACUGAUGCGCCGCCUUUGCCCAAGGCCGUUAAGAAGGAGAAGUGGCAGAAAGGGUAUAUGGUUAAGGGUCGUAAUGAGCCUGCUGCAAUCGCCCAUGUUGCGCAUGUUAUCGCGAGGGUUAAAGGUGUCUCAGUCGAGGAAGUUUGUGAAGCGGCAUGGAAUAAUUCGAUCAAGAUGUUCGGUCUUGGAGAGUUGAAUAACUGA